AGGGAGCCAUGUUUUGAUCAAGUACAAAUUUUACCAGUUCCUCCCCUGUUAGCAAUACAAAAGCUUAUAGCAGACAAGUUAGGAACUACUUUCUCCAGAAAGGUUGCACUUCAAGAUGCUUCUAAGCAAAACAAUAUCUAUUCUCGGGCUGUAUUAAGGGAUCCUACGGGCCCAAUACUUUUACGCUGUAAUGCUACUUAAAUAUUUAUAAUACUACAUCCCUCUUCAUCAAAAAAAAAUAAAAAAAAAUCAUGCCAAAUAAUAUAAAUAAAUAAAUCUGUAGUAAUAAGCUUAAAACAAAAGGUUGUUACAGCAGUUGCAACAAAUACUCAUGGAGUAAUAAAAUAAUACACAUAUAGUGUUGAUAUAAGAAGCCAUUUCUAUAAACAAAAACAAAAAAGAAGAGAGUGCAAUAUAUGAAUGUUUCCAGUCUGUUUCAAACAACUCCAGCCUACCCAUGUUCCUCUUUUCUCCUCAAAUUUUAGCAAAAACAUAAAAAAAUACAUUAAAAUGAAGCUCCUUUCCCAAUAAUCAACGUUUUUGGACUCAAUUUGUCGCCAUUUUGAAAAUUGUUUUGUUUUUUCUGUUUUGCUUACCAUUGUCUCCAAGAACUGAAGUUUUGAUCAUUUUCUUGAUUUUAGAUCUGUUUGCCGAUAUGUUUCUUUUUUCUUUUUUUACUGAAACUGUUCAUUUUGAAGAUAUAUACUAGUGGUUUUUGGUUAUUUUUACAUGUUAUUGAAGCUUCUGAGUCUCCUAUGAUAGAUUGAUUAAGGUAUUUUCUUGAUAUUUAUGGUUAAAUCUUGAUUCUGUGCUGCAAAGAUACGUAGAUUGUUUUUGUUUGCUGUGGUUUUCAGUUUUGAGACUAAACUUGAAAGUGUAGAUAGUAUCAAAAAGGAAGAAACUUGGUGUGGAGGUGUAUUGGGAUAGUGGAGUUAUGAAAGUCAAUGGUAGGGAGGUGUUUGGGAUAUUUUUUCAUUUUUUGGUAUUAGUUGUGUUUGUUGAAAUUGGUGAAGCUCAAACAAAGACAUUUCUGGUAAAUUGUGGUACAAAUUCUAGUGUUAAUGUGGAUGGUAGUAGAUGGAUAGGUGAUUCUGUCCCUGGUAGUAAUGUUACUUUGAGUUCACCAGGUAUUGAGGCAUAUACUGACUCAUUUACUGGUGAUCCUUCUUAUGAGCCACUUUACAAAACUGCCAAAUUUUUUUCUGAAAGUUUCAACUAUAGUUUCAAAGGAGCACCUGGUAGUUAUUUCCUUAGGCUCCAUUUCUAUCCCUUUACAUUUGGGAAUCGUGAUGCGAAUGAGUCUUACUUUGCUGUUGCUGCAAAUGGUUUGAAGUUGGUUUCGGAGUUUAAUGUUGCUGGUGAGAUUUUGCACAAGAACUCUCUCCUGCAAGGUUCAGGAGGCAACUCCAGUAUCUUCUCGUUGGUGAAGGAGUAUUUUGUGACAUCUGAUAUCGAUGUCUUUGUGCUUGAGUUUACUCCGAAAAAGGAUUCUUUUGGAUUUGUUAAUGCCAUUGAGAUCAUCUCGGUAAUUGAUAAGCUAUUUGUUGACUCUAUCAGUAAAGUUGGUGGCAAUGGUGCUAACAGUUCUUUAAAUUUGAGUAAACGAGGGAUUCAAACUAUGUACCGGUUGAACAUUGGUGGUUCAGCAAUUAAAUCCACUCAAGAUUCAGGGUUCAGGAGGAAGUGGGAGGCGGAUUCAAGCUAUAUGAUUAUCGCAGAUGCAGGUGCAGAAGCCAAAAACCAUUCCAACAUUACCUAUGCUUCCCCAAAUGACACCUCUGUUGCUCCUCUUAUUGUGUAUGAAACAGCAAGAAUUAUGAGCAACACAGAUGUCAUGGAGAAGCGGUUGAAUAUGUCGUGGAAAUUGGAUGUUGAUCCAGAUUUUGAUUAUGUAAUCCGCUUACAUUUCUGUGAGUUUGACUAUAAUAAACCAAAUCAAAGGAUCUUCAAAAUAUAUAUAAAUAACAAAACUGCAGCAGACAACUACGACAUUUUCUCACGAGCUGGGGGAAUGAACAAAGCAUACCAUGAGGAUUACUUUGAUGCGAUGUCCUCGAAAAGCAGCAGUCUCUGGGUUCAACUUGGUCCAGAUACAACAACUGGUUCUGCAGGCACUGAUGCUCUUUUGAAUGGUUUGGAGGUUUUCAAGUUGAGUCGCAAUGGUAACCUUGCAUAUGUACAGAAAUACGAGGAUGUUCCAGAAAAAUCAACUUCAAAAAGUUUAAUCCUGUGGGUAGGAAUUGGAUCAGGUAUUGCAUCCAUUAUCUUUCUUGCAGGUUUAGUCAUUUUUAUUAUAUGGCUAUGUAGAAGGUGGGGUAGCAAAGAUGAGACAAAGAAAAACUCGCCUGGAUGGAAGCCUGUAUUCCUUCAUGGAGCUGCUGUGACCAGCACUGGUAAUGGUAAGGGAUCAAUACAAUAUCAAAGUCUUGGAACUCUAAGAUCUGGAAGGCGGUUUACUCUUGCAGAGAUUAAAGCAGCCACAAACAACUUUGAUGAAAGCUUAGUGAUUGGAGUGGGAGGAUUUGGUAAAGUUUUCAAAGCAGCACUUGAUGAUGGCACCCUCGCUGCAAUCAAGCGAGCCAAUCCUCAAUCUCAACAAGGUCUGAAAGAAUUUGAAACAGAAAUUGAAAUGCUUUCUAAGCUAAGGCACAGGCAUUUGGUCUCCAUGAUAGGUUUCUGCGAUGAACAGAAUGAAAUGAUUUUGGUCUAUGAGUAUAUGGCCAAUGGAACACUCAGGAGUCAUCUCUUUGGCAGUGGUCUACCAUCCCUAAGCUGGAAGCAAAGACUAGAGGUGUGUAUUGGUUCAGCUCGUGGUCUGCAUUACCUUCACACAGGGUCAGAGCGUGGAAUCAUACAUAGGGAUGUCAAGACAACCAACAUAUUGUUAGAUGAGAACCUUGUGGCGAAAAUGGCAGAUUUUGGUCUGUCUAAAACUGGCCCUUCUUUGGAGCAUACUCAUGUCAGUACAGCAGUGAAAGGAAGUUUUGGUUAUCUGGAUCCAGAGUAUUUCAGGAGGCAGCAGUUGACUGAGAAAUCUGAUGUUUACUCCUUUGGGGUUGUACUGGUUGAAGUUAUAUGUGCACGUCCUGUUAUAAAUCCAAGCUUACCGAAAGAUCAGAUCAAUCUUGCAGAAUGGGCAAUGCGGUUUCAACGAAUAAAAUCCCUUGAAACUAUCAUUGAUCCACAACUCGCAGGACAAUAUUCCACAGAAUCAUUGAUGAAAUUUGGAGAAAUUGCUGAAAAAUGUCUAGCAGAAGAGGGAAAGAGCAGACCAACAAUGGGAGAAGUUCUGUGGCACCUGGAAUAUGUUUUGCAACUUCACGAGGCUUGGCUGUGGAAGAGUGCAGGGGAAGACUCUGCUUCAGAUAUUCAUGUUCUAGAGACUGUGGAGGAGAGAGGAACUGAAAAUUCUGAAGACCAGACUCGCGUUGAAUCAAAACACCAAGAAGAGGGUGAAUCUGCAACAAGUACCAGCGGCACUACAGAUGCCGUGGCUACUGGAGUAGAUGAUUUUUUCGCAAUUCGUCAGUCAACAAGAAGGUGAAAACCCAAACAAUAGACAGUUGAUUGUAAUGUCUGGACUGUUAUAGGCCUGAAUUCUUUCCAUUUUUGUCACAUGUGUUUGUGAGGACUUCACGACAACCUCAAUCAGCUUUGACAUUACUCAUUAAGCAGAAAGAGCUUAGAAUGGAGAAUGUGAAGAUCUUGGUAAUACCUUCAUGCUGUAUUCUUUUACUCAGAUUAGACCUCAAUUUUUUUUUCAUGCUGAAUGCUUGUUGCUUAGGAUUUAAUGAUUCUUUUAUUUUUGUAUGUACUUCAUGUUUGAGAAAAAUGCCAUUAAGUUGAUGAAUUGGGAUGUAAUGUAUAUUUCACUUUUAUUUCAAUGGAAAAGUAUCUUAUUUGAUGGCACAUUUCCUAACAAGUAGUUAUAUGUCCAAAUUUCUUUGUUGCAUUUUGUAUCUUAAAUUGAAGGAAGUGGAUAUGAUUGAGAUGGGAUAAAGAGCAGGUCAUAAUACGGUUUACCUUUAUGUGGUGGAGUUUAUAAUUUUGAGACUCAUAGUUGUAUAAUGUAAUGGUUUUAUGAGGUUCUAUAAGGGCUCUAAAAGCUCCACUUUU